CAGACAUUGCCGCGAUCGGUUGUGUUUUUUAGCUCUAUUUGGCGCUACGCUUCCCAUCCGCUUGGAAUUCGCUUUUCGUUUUCGUGAACGCUCGAACGAUCGAUAAAAAUAAAACAAAGCCCCCGCUCCGGCCCACGAUCGAUGGAUGUGUGAAACAAGCUUUUGCGUUUCAAGCCGAGACGAACUCUACACACGUACGCCCGAAAAUAAAACACAGAAACACCAAAAAAAAAAAUAAUACAAAUUGGCCACGCUCGUUGUUUUGGCUAAUUCAAUUAAAGUGCGUCGGACAAAAGAAAGUCUAUUCCGGAGCUUAAGUGAUAAACCAAUCCAUCAGCAGCCACAAAAGCGUUUUUAUUGAGCCCUACUUAAAAAGAAAAAAAAAAGAAAGUCGCCGCUCAAAAGGUUACACAACGAGAGCGUGUAAGUGACCUCAGUUACGGAUCACGGAUCACGGAUACCCCGCGGAACCCUUUCAGGAGCACAUAAAGCCAUCCAGACACCAUGACGAGUGCGGCGAAAGUGAUCUUGGCCUGCUGCCUGCUGGGCGCCUUUGCCAUGCAAAUGAGCUCCUCGUCGGCCAUACCCAUUUGGGAGUUUUUGACCCGCAACGAAAAGAUGUCUCACCUGUACUCCACCUUUGCCCAGCUGGUUAGCGUGCAUUGCAAGUCAACAGUCGGCGGAGGGCUACCGGUGAACCAGUGCAAGCACAACCUGCUUGGCUAUGGAUCCACCAAGCUGCAGACCCUCUCCGACGCCCAGUUGGAGGCCCUCGAUCCGUAUCAGCGCGAUGCCAACGAGCUGAUCUGGUCAUCGAUUAUGCGAGACCAUCCGAGCGGAGCCAGCCUGGUGACCACCAGGCAGCCGAUCCAGCAGCAGCCACUGCCCACACCGCCCGCCUCCUCGCUGAUCAUCCUCACCCGCCAGCAGCUGCCGCAGUCCCAUUCCCCGUCCCAGUCCAACUCGAAUCCGCUCUUCGACAACACCGGCGAGCAGAAGCAUCAGUAUGCCAUGGACAUGGACAUGGCCUACGGUUAUCCAUCGCGACAGCCGGCUGCCAGCAGUGAGCUGCUGCCCAUGGCCUCGGCAUUUACAGGAGAGCCGCCAAAGACCUUCCUCACCGGUCCCCAUGUGGUUCGUGUGCGUCCCGAUGGCUCGCCCGUGGAGGAGGAUAGCCGGCGACCACUGCCUCGCGACGAAGAUCUGCCCCUAUUCCGUUUGGGCUUGGCCGCCGCCCCACAGGCGCCCAACAGGCACCGCAAGAUCGCCACGAUCAGCGCCUUGAAACAGCAGCACUUUGCCUCCAUCCUGCAGCGCGACCUCCAGCCGCCGCAUCAGGUGCAGCGACGUCUGUUCCGCCAGCAGCAGGCGUAAGGAUAACUCCAGCCCAGGAGCAGGAUAUACCUAGAUAUAAGUCUUGUGUGCGUGAGCGGAGUGAGUGAAUGGUGGGGAUGGUCUCAGGCAUCCUCGAGCGAAUGUGUGCACUUUGAGCUUUAAUGGAAUUUCGUACCGUAUUCGUUUUUAAGUUUUUCUUUAAUUUUAUUUAUUCGCGUGCAUUAGCCGUAAGAUCAAAUAUAGAGAUUCUCGAGUAAUAAACCGUAUGAUGAUUAUCGUUAA